UCCUGAACACAUCCACCUCACAUUGAGAAGUACUUCUUUAAAAGUAGCCACAAGAUUAAGUUUCCAACAAGUAAUGAAAAACAAGCUAUAUUAGAGCCACAGAGAGAAAUUUUGAUAACCAUUUUUAAUCCCCUUAGAAUCAGAUGUUGUUUAGUCACAAUCUUCAUUAUGCCUAAUAUUUCCACAGCAGGUUUCUACCACCCAUUUGAAUAUUGUGCAAUAGAGAAAUAUCUGGUCUACUGUACAUGACCUCCUCAAGGGCAAAAGGUCACUCAACAAGGGAGCAUUUAAUCAUGAAAAAACUAGAUGGUAGACAGAGCGAGAGAGACUGAGAUAGAGAGAUAAAUAGAGAGGGGAUAGCAAGAGGCAGCUAGUAUUACUGUUAAACCCGACAAGGAAAGACAAAAUUCUCGGUUAAAGGCUGUGAACUACAGGAGCCGUCAUAGAAGUGCAGGGUUAAGAGGUUCUCAUAGCCAUCUGCUGCAUCUGGAGCGAUGAAAGCGUGGGCCAUUCUCCUGUCACUGUGCGUGACUGUGCAGGCCUUGCGGAGGAUCACUCUGAAGAAAAUGCCUUCCAUCAGAGAAGCUCUUAAGGACACAGGGGUCACGCCGGCAGAAGUUUUCACUGUACUUGCACCAAAGAUGAAUGCCAGUCCUUCACUUCACAAUGGCAAGGCACAAUUCCCAACGCCUCUAACCAACUAUCUGGAUUCUCAAUACUUUGGGGAGAUUAGUAUAGGAACACCAGCACAGCUGUUCAACGUUGUGUUUGAUACUGGUUCUGCCAACCUUUGGGUUCCUUCACAGAGCUGUUCUCCACUAUACACUGCAUGCUUUACUCAUAACAGAUACGAUUCCUCUAAAUCUCACACACACAUUCAAAACGGAACAGGAUUCUUCAUCCAGUAUGCUUCUGGAAGCGUCCGGGGAUUUCUGAGCGAGGAUGUAGUUGUGGUGAGCGGUAUCCCGGUGGUGCAAGUGUUUGCAGAGGCCACAGCUCUUCCGGCAAUCCCAUUCAUCUUUGCAAAGUUUGAUGGUGUGCUGGGAAUGGGUUAUCCAGAGGCAGCUAUUGAUGGCAUCACACCAGUGUUUGAUCGUAUUAUGUCUCAGGGAGUGCUGAAAGAGGACAUUUUCUCUGUUUAUUACAGCAGAGAUCCAGGACGCAUUCCUGGAGGAGAACUGUUGUUGGGUGGCACAGAUCCAAAUUACUACACAGGAUCCUUCCACUAUGUCAACACUAAAGGCGAGGGCAAGUGGGAGGUCAUUAUGAAAGGUGUAUCUGUGGGUGAAGAGAAAUUGUUCUGUACAGAAGGCUGUAAUACUGUGAUUGACACAGGCUCCUCCUACAUCACUGGUCCCGCCUCCUCUGUCUCCCUUCUCAUGAAGACGAUCGGUGCUGUUGAGCUUGCAGAGGGAGGAUAUACCGUGAACUGUGACCUGGUGAUGUCCUUACCCAGUGUGACCUUUCACCUUGGUGAUCAGGAGUAUCCUCUGACACAAGAAGACUAUAUUCUCUGGCAGUCACAGUUUGGGGUAAACAUUUGCACUGUGACAUUCAGAGAGCUGGACCUUCCGCCUCCUGCUGGUCCUGUCUGGAUACUGGGGACAAAAUUCAUUGCCCGAUAUUACACAAUGUUUGACCGAACAAACAACCGCAUUGGAUUUGCUCAAGCAGUGUGACUCUCUCCAGGGCAUUCCAGAAAUUAUUGAAGUAUAUCAUACCAUACCAAAUCACACCAUACCACAGCAUACUAUAUCACAUCCUACCACACCAUUCUACACUCCACCACACCACACCAUACUGCACCAUAACAUAUCACAUCCUACCACACUCUACCACACCAUAGCUCACCAUACCAUAUCACAUCCUACCACGGCUUACCAUAUAACACCAUACAACACCCUACCACACCACACUAUACCACACCUUACCAAAUUACACUAUAUCACACUUAUCAUAGCAUACCACACCUUAUGAUAUCACCCUAUCACACCUUACCAUAAUAAACCAUAACAUACCACACUCUUUGAAUCCACACAAUAUUAUACCUCACCACAAUAGCACACCAUACCAUAAGACACCCUGCCAUACAGUACCACACUACAUUAUCAUACUACACUACACAAUAUUAUAUCACAUUGACAGAUACUGCUUUUAAACCACAGAGCUGAUUAAUUCUCACAUAUGAUUGCUCUGACAAAAUGGUCCAAACACCAAGACUGUCAACACCAAGCUGUCUUCCUGCUUAGCAGUAAAGUUGGACUGGGUUUUGUUUGACCUGUAAUUAGGUUUGGAUAUCAGCUAUAUAAUUAAAUGUAGACCCUAUAUUAUACAUCCAGAUUAAAAUCCCACAAAAUUAAAGCAAGCUGUCUACGUAAAUAAUGGCCAGUGAAAUAAUCAGAAGUACUUUCUCUUUCUUUGUUAUUGCAUGACUUUUCCACCUAUAGACAGUGCAGUGCAUUCAAAAAGAAAAUGAAAUUUCUUUAUAUCACAUUCCUUUUAGCAGUUUCAGGUCAGCAAGUUCUUGUUCCUGACACACUAGUUUUGCAUGGACAGUGUCUAUGUGUCAGUAUCCAAAAGCACUAAAACUGCACAUACAGAUUUAUAUAUUUUUUUAUGGGUUUCUGUCAGAACGUCCAUCAAAAACCAUAUGGAAAAUGUGCUAAAUUAAAUUCCAUCUAUUUUAGCACAGAUAAGGUUAUACAUUGGGUAGAAACUGAGCCAUAGACCUUUGAGUGAUUUAAAAACUGUAACAUCUUCUUUUUGAAUUUAUCAUAUUCACCCACAGCCUAAUUAGUGAACGUUUCAAGUUUAAAAUCCUUGUGGAGGGAAAAAAGGUCCUAUGUAAAGAAAAACUCACCAAAUGUCCUACUGAUACUGUAAAACACUGUGAUAUCUGUCAUAAGCUUUCAAUACCAGCAAUGUUCUAUAAACUGUAAUUCAGAAUACACAACAUGAAGUUACUGUCAGUUACUAUUAGAGACCUUUGUUAUACAUGUGAACAUCUUAUUUGAAUAAUUUCCUUUCAUGAAUGGCUAUUUGCUAGUUUGCACUUUAUAGGGGGCCAAACAUAAUUAUAAACCUUGUCUCACCCUAGCACAGGCUUUUUGCCAUUGCUUAUCAUAUGUUCCUAAUUUUAAACGUUCCUCUUAUUUGUACUGCAAUGUUCCAUCUCUCAUGUUCUUUCUGCUUUAUUCAUUUCAGAAUAUUUAAUCAAUUCAUUUGAGUCAUGACUAUUACUGUGAUUUAUGUGCUUUACUGUAUUAAUAAAGAGUGGAACGGACUGAUGUGAAUCGA